GAAAAACACAUGGCUGAGUCGUGAGGAAUUGGUGUCCUGUGAAUGAGGGCUUUUCAGUUCAUGGGUCUGCUUGGCAGCCGAGAAAAUCGAAAAUUCUAUAUUGUGAUUUCCGACCCCUUUUUUCAGCAAAUGAGGAUCGAGGGUUUACUGUGGUUUUUAUCUUGUGGGGUCUUCUGAAAUCUUAUUUAUUUAUUAAUCUGAAUAUUAAAACAGAUAAAUAAUAAAUGCAGAGAGAGGGUCUGUUUCAUGGUCCUUACAUGGUCUUUAAUUCUGUGGGCUCUUGUUGGUAUGACUGUUAUGUUAAUGCUACUGUCUAGUGUCGAUGAAUCACGUGAUCGUGCUUUUUUUUUUUCAUUCCCAUCAUUCCCAUAUUUGGUGUGUUUUCCCUGUGAAGUAACUUUGUGACGUAUAUAUAUACACUGUCAAAGUUGAAGUUCCCUGUUGUUUUUUCUUCCUCUGCGUGUCAUUUUCUUUGUUGGGUUGGUUGUCCUUACAUUUCGUGUUGGGUAUCUUGCUCAAUUGUGGGGCAACAGCAAGUUAUUGAUUUCUUUCCAUUCUCAUCAACUUGAGAAGCAAGAAAGUUGAAACAAGCGGUUGCAGAACAAAUUAAUGGGUUGGGGUUCUUCAACAUUUAUGGAAUUUGAUCUUGAGUAGUCCUAAUGUGAUUGGGUAUCAAUCUCUUUGGGGUUCACAAUCCACCAAUAAUUGGGGGGCAACUUUGAUUUGAUUUUAUCCCUUUACGAAAUGCACCCAGUUUUCUAAGAGAUUGGUGGGGGAUGAUAAGGGUAUGGAUGCCAUGUGAAUUCACUGAAAAGUUGGUGAGGCCUGCUUUUAUCUCAUCUAGAUGUGAGCCUAAAGAUCUGCAGCUAUCUGUGUCACCUACUGAAAUUCAGAUUGACGGUUGACGUUUGAUAUCAUGGAUCCUGACCAUGGGAGGUGUUGGGGCACUUCAAAGAAGGACUCUUGGAAGACACUUCUUCUCUUAUCUUACCAAAGUCUUGGGGUAGUUUAUGGGGACCUUGGCAUUUCCCCUCUCUAUGUUUACAAGAGCACAUUUGCAGAAGAUAUUCAUCAUUCAGAAACAAAUGAAGAGAUUUUUGGAGUUCUUUCCUUUGUCUUCUGGACUCUUACUCUAGUCCCUCUAUUCAAGUACGUCUUUAUAGUCCUUCGAGCUGAUGACAAUGGAGAGGGUGGUACUUUUGCUCUGUAUUCCUUGAUAUGCAGGCAUGCAAAAGUAAGCCUUCUUCCCAAUAGGCAGGUUGCUGAUGAAGCACUUUCCACAUAUAAACUGGAGCAUCCUCCAGAGCAAAAGAACAGCUCAAGGGUUAAGAUGCUGCUUGAGAAGCACAGAGUGUUGCACACUGCUUUGCUAAUUUUGGUUCUUCUUGGCACUUGUAUGGUAAUUGGAGAUGGACUGCUUACUCCAGCCAUUUCUGUUUUCUCUGCUGUGUCCGGUCUCGAGUUAUCCAUGUCCAAAGAACACCAUCAGUAUGCAGUGAUUCCUAUUACUUGCUUCAUAUUAGUGUGUCUAUUUGCACUACAACACUAUGGCACACAUCGGGUUGGAUUCUUCUUUGCUCCAGUUGUGUUGAUUUGGCUACUAUGCAUCAGUGCUCUUGGCUUAUACAAUAUAUUCCGCUGGAACCCACAUGUCUAUCAAGCUCUGUCCCCAUAUUACAUGUUCAAAUUCUUGAAGAAGACGAGGAAAGAUGGAUGGAUGUCUUUGGGUGGAAUUUUAUUGUGCAUAACAGGCUCAGAGGCAAUGUUUGCUGAUCUUGGACACUUCUCAUACACUGCAAUUCAGAUUGCCUUCACUUUCUUGGUUUAUCCUGCUCUGAUAUUGGCAUAUAUGGGUCAAGCUGCUUACUUGUCGAUACAUCAUGACAACAGUUACCAGAUCAGUUUUUAUGUUUCAGUUCCAGAAACUGUGAGGUGGCCAGUGCUUAUAAUAGCGAUUCUUGCCUCUGUUGUGGGAAGUCAAGCUAUCAUCAGCGGAACAUUCUCUAUAAUCAACCAGAGCCAGUCACUUGGAUGCUUCCCAAGAGUCAAGGUUGUUCAUACCUCUGAUAAAAUACAUGGCCAGAUCUACAUCCCAGAGAUCAACUGGAUACUUAUGAUUCUCUGCAUUGCUGUGACCAUUGGAUUCAGAGAUACAAAACAUAUGGGGAAUGCAUCAGGGUUGGCAGUGAUGGCAGUAAUGCUAGUGACCACAUGCCUCACUUCCUUGGUUAUUAUCCUCUGUUGGCACAAACCCCCUAUUGUAGCUCUCUCUUUCCUACUGUUCUUUGGCUCUAUAGAAUUACUCUACUUCUCAGCCUCCCUCACAAAGUUCCGUGAGGGUGCCUGGCUCCCCAUCCUGCUAGCUCUCUUCCUCAUGACCAUCAUGUAUGUUUGGCAUUAUGCCACCAUCAAGAAAUAUGAAUUUGACCUUCACAACAAGGUUUCUUUAGAAUGGCUUUUAGCCUUGGGUCCAAGCUUGGGAAUAGCUCGAGUACCUGGUAUUGGGCUGGUGUUCACUGAUCUCACCUCUGGCAUCCCGGCAAACUUCUCCCGCUUUGUCACCAACCUCCCUGCCUUUCACCGUGUCCUUGUCUUUGUAUGUGUGAAAUCAGUGCCAGUCCCGUAUGUGCCCCCAGCUGAGAGGUAUCUUGUGGGCCGGGUGGGUCCUGCUACUCACCGCUCCUACAGGUGCAUUGUCCGUUAUGGGUAUCGUGAUGUUCACCAGGAUGUUGAUUCUUUUGAAUCUGAACUUGUUGGUAGGCUGGCUGAUUUCAUCCGCUAUGAUUGGGUUCGGACACAUGGCACGGACCCAUGUAUUGAAGAUGAUGGAUCCCAAUCUGGGGGAUCCUCAAGUGAAUGUAGAUUGACAGUGAUUGGAAAUGUAGCAUUUUCUGGUACACCAGCUUAUGAGAUUGAGGAGAGCUUGCAGCCAGCUAGUGUAUCCAUUGGUUUCCCAACUGUGGAAAGCGUCACAGAUGUUAUUGAGAUGGAACCCAUUUCUGUUACCAAAAGAAGAGUGAGGUUUGCCAUUGAUGAUGAGUCUGAAACUGAUACACGGUCUGAGACUGAUGUGCAGUUGCAAGAAGAGUUGGAAGAGUUAUGGGCAGCUCAACAAUCGGGGACUGCAUUCAUACUUGGGCACUCACAUGUUCGAGCAAAACAAGGAUCUUCCCUUGUGAGGAGAUUGGCAAUCAAUGUCGGGUAUAAUUUCCUGAGGAGGAAUUGCCGAGGACCAGAUGUAGCUCUCAAGGUGCCACCAGUGUCUCUCCUUGAGGUUGGCAUGGUUUAUAUCGUCUGAGUUACAUGUGUACCUAGUUUUGUUUGCUUAUGACCUCAUGUCUUAUAGAGAAAAAAGGAAAGAGGUUUCCAGGGUAGAUGACUGUAGAUUAAAGAAUACCAUGAUGUAGAAAAACUUGUUAACCCUAUCAACAAUAUGCAUUUUCAUGAAAAUAUGAGGAAAUGGCAGGAAGCAUUUACUAUCAUA